AUGCCGCCGCGGAAGAAGGCCCGUCUCUCAGCAGCAACCUCGCCCACCCCCACCUCCCAGCCCAAAACGCCCCAACCCGCCGACCCAGACCCCACCACCACCACCACUACCACCACCGACACCGCCAACACUCUGCUAGACGAUGCCUGGACGGACACGGAAGAACUCGGCCUGUUCAAAGGCCUCAUGACCUGGAAACCCACCGGCAUCCACAAACACUUCCGCCUCCUCUCCCUCCACCACUACCUCCUCACCAACGCCUACAUCCACCCGCGUAGCGCGCAUACCAAGCCGGCGGGGAUAUGGCGGAAGCUGGCCACGCUGUACGAUCUGGAAGCGCUGGAUGAGAGGGAGGAUGCGCGACAACUAUCCGACCUGAGCUCCACCGGCGCGGAUGAACAAAAGGGAGGGGAAGGCGGGGAUGGGGAUGGGAGGGGAGAUGACGAUGACGCGGACGAGGACGAGGACGACGAUGAUGAUGAUGAUGAUGCCUACAGUGAGGCGGCGAACAAGAUCCAUCGAGCCGAUUUCGAGUUGCCGGAGGAUGAUGGGGAAUACGCAGACAGGAAGUGGAAGCAACGUUUCGCCGCAGAGGAAGGUGUGGAGGGAAGCGAGUCCCCUCCCGCACUCCCCGAGCUCAACCUAGCACCACACCCACCCCAUUGA